AUUAUGUAAACUUAAACAUGGGAACCUUCAGGUUAAGACAUGAGACCGUUCAAGUGCCAUAUUAUGUAAACUUGAACAUGGGAACCUUCAGGUUAAGACAUGAGACCGUUCAAGUGCCAUAUUAUGUAAACUUGAACAUGGGAACCUUCAGAUUAAGACAUGAGACCGUUCAAGUGCCAUAUUAUGUAAACUUGAACAUGGGAACCUUCAGAUUAAGACAUGAGACCGUUCAAGUGCCAUAUUAUGUAAACUUGAACAUGGGAACCUUCAGAUUAAGACAUGAGACCGUUCAAGUGCCAUAUUAUGUAAACUUAAACAUGGGAACCUUCAGAUUAAGACAUGAGACCGUUCAAGUGCCAUAUUAUGUAAACUUAAACAUGGGAACCUUCAGAUUAAGACAUGAGACCGUUCAAGUGCCAUAUUAUGUAAACUUGAACAUGGGAACCUUCAGAUUAAGACAUGAGACCGUUCAAGUGCCAUAUUAUGUAAACUUGAACAUGGGAACCUUUAGGUUAAGACAUGAGACCGUUCAAGUGCCAUAUUAUGUAAACUUGAACAUGGGAACCUUCAGGUUAAGACAUGAGACCGUUCAAGUGCCAUAUUAUGUAAACUUGAACAUUGGAACCUUUAGGUUAAGACAUGAGACCGUUCAAGUGCCAUAUUAUGUAAACUUGAACAUGGGAACCUUUAGGUUAAGACAUGAGACCGUUCAAGUGCCAUAUUAUGUAAACUUGAACAUGGGAACCUUCAGAUUAAGACAUGAGACCGUUCAAGUGCCAUAUUAUGUAAACUUGAACAUGGGAACCUUUAGGUUAAGACAUGAGACCGUUCAAGUGCCAUAUUAUGUAAACUUGAACAUGGGAACCUUCAGGUUAAGACAUGAGACCGUUCAAGUGCCAUAUUAUGUAAACUUGAACAUGGGAACCUUCAGAUUAAGACAUGAGACCGUUCAAGUGCAAUAUUAUGUAAACUUAAACAUGGGAACCUUUAGGUUAAGACAUGAGACCGUUCAAGUGCCAUAUUAUGUAAACUUGAACAUGGGAACCUUCAGAUUAAGACAUGAGACCGUUCAAGUGCCAUAUUAUGUAAACUUAAACAUGGGAACCUUUAGGUUAAGACAUGAGACCGUUCAAGUGCCAUAUUAUGUAAACUUAAACAUGGGAACCUUUAGGUUAAGACAUGAGACCGUUCAAGUGCCAUAUUAUGUAAACUUGAACAUGGGAACCUUCAGGUUAAGACAUGAGACCGUUCAAGUGCCAUAUUAUGUAAACUUGAACAUGGGAACCUUUAGGUUAAGACAUGAGACCGUUCAAGUGCCAUAUUAUGUAAACUUGAACAUGGGAACCUUCAGAUUAAGACAUGAGACCGUUCAAGUGCCAUAUUAUGUAAACUUGAACAUGGGAACCUUCAGGUUAAGACAUGAGAUCAAGUGCCAUAUUAUGUAAACUUGAACAUGGGAAC